AAAUUUAUUUAUAUUAUCUAUAUAUAUAAAAUAUGUUAUAUAUGAUUGUUAUCAACGACAUAUUAACUCUACUUUGCUUCUUCUCAGAUUUAACUCUCAAGUUCAAAAGUUAUAAAACAUUAGAAUAGAAUUUAUAAAUUUUAAUCUUGGAAAGUAAAAGAAAUGUUAAUAUUCUGAUUUUGGUCUGGAACACAGACUAUAAUAUAGCUGGUGUCUUGGAAUUCUCGCCACUGACUCUUUCUCAUGAUUGGAAGUUUGCAAAUCCAGAAAAUGUAACAUUGUGCAUGCAUGUGUGCUACUUUGAAAUCGUGAGACUCGUUACAAACACGUGAAGCAACCAACACGUUCUAAACGCUAACAGAACAUGCUAUCAUAUUGUGCUGACGUCGAAACUAAAACGCGGUAAUAUCCAGUCGGCAAAGUCUGACAUUUCCACUUUUACUUUACAACACUAACCAGUCCCGUGUUCGUGUCCGCUUAGCCACAAAAGCCGAUACACGUAUAAAUACACAGACCACAUCUUCACUUCUUCUUACAUAUUCCCCACUCAUUAAUUUUUUUUUUUUUUAACAGAAGACGAGCAGCUUCGACCAAAAGGAGAAAGACGAGUAGCUUCGACCAAAACGAAACAUCAUCAGCAAUGGAGAUUUUCCAGAAAGCUAAAGCUAUUCGAAUGCGUAACAGCCACAACAAGUAUCUAUCAGCAGACGACAACGAAGAAACGGUUACACAAGACAGAAACGGUUCAACCAAAAACGCUCAAUGGACCAUCGAACCGGUUAGCGAUUCAUACAAUGUAAUCCGUCUUAAAAGCUGUUACGGUAAAUACCUAACCGCUUCGAACGAGCGGUUCUUGCUCGGAGGCACGGGGAAGAAAGUGAUUCAGUUAAAACCGAGUCGUGUCGACUCGUGUGUUGAGUGGGAACCGGUGAGAGAAGGCUCCAAGAUCAAGCUCAAGACGAGAUACGGUAACUAUCUAAAAGCUAACGGUGGUCUUCCUCCGUGGAGAAACUCAGUCACGCACGAUAAUCUUCAUUUGUCGGCUACUCAUGAUUCCAUCUCGUGGUAUGUUGAUGUUGUUGAGAUCUUGAAUAAUCCUCAAGUCACGUUGGAGACCGAGUACGCAUCACAUUCGAGAACACCGUCUUCUCUUCAAAAUUCGGUUGUGUCUCCACCGAAAUCGGAUGGGAGAACGAUUUACUACCAUAUCGUUGAUGAUGAAGGACAUGUGGGAGAUGAAUCAACCGUUGGAUAUGCUUGCAAGUUUAAAGGAAACAGCGUGGCCGAGCUAACUCGGACGCUGCGAGAAGAAACGUGCUUGGAGGAUGCUGUGGUGUGCACUCGCAGUCCGUUAGAUGGCAAGCUGUUUCCCCUUCGUUUGCAACUUCCUCCCAGCAUUGGAACGUUGCAUGUCGUUUUAGUACCCUUCUGUGCUAGCAUCUAGACGUGAAGUAGAAAAAGAAUAUCUACCAGGGUCAAAAUUUACAUAUGCAAAAUUACUCAACUAAUGAAGGGGGUCGGUCAGACCAUGAGAAUUUAAACAAUUAA